GUAAGAAAUAAUGUAGUAUUAGGAGGUUAAAAACCUUUCUACGGUUCCUGACAACACUUACUGAACUACUAUCGUUGAUAAUAAAACGGUGACUUACGUCAUAGAAUUCAAAUAUAUUUGACCGUUAUCCAAACAGACAGAUUUCUCGUGUUAAACGUUUAGCAGUCACGCAAAUCUGUCGCUCAUAACUAACUAAACGCCACCGUGAUGAGCCGUGAUAUGAAAUUUCUCCUUUUACUGGGUGCUUUGGGGUGGGGGUUAAUAUUUUAUUUUUCCGCAAUCUCUAAACCGCGCGCUCCAUAUAAAAACUGCGGCGACAGGCCUGAGAGAGAAUUUACACAUCGAAAUACUCGGAUGAUCGGAGGUGAGAACGUCGGCGUGGAUGUUUGGCCAUGGCAGGUGUCUGUGCUGUACCAGCCCGAUUCAUCCGCCCCGUUCAGUCAAGUCUGUGGUGGAGCUAUUAUCGACAAAUACUGGAUAAUGACAGCAGCCUCAUGUGCAAAUGUGCAGAAUCAAAGCAAACUUUUGAUCCGAGCAGGAAGCAGUACAUUGGAUGUUGAUGAUGAGUUCACACAGAAGUCAGAAGUCUCCAGAAUUAUCACACACGAACGAUUCAAUCCUGUCACUUUGCGGUACAGUAUUGCUCUUUUUCAAAUGAAGACCCCCUUUGUGUUUAAUGAGUUUGUCAGUCCCAUCUGUGUGCCUGAUGACGCUGCUGCUGAUCAUAAAUAUGAAUCCUGUCACAUCACAGGAUACAACACCCAACCUGGGGAUGACGUUGGCGUACUGCAAGAAGCAAAUGUGUAUAUAAUGUCACGGUCAUUGUGCAAUAAACCAGAGUACUGGAACUUUUCUGUGGCAGCGGACAUGCUUUGUGUUGGCGAACUCGGUGGAGGUGUUGACGGAUGUGAGACAAAUCUGGGUGGACCGCUGAACUGCUAUAUCAAAAUUGAGCAUCGCUACUAUUUGAUUGGAAUUCGAGUGAAGGCCACUUCCUGUGGAGAACCUAACCGACCAAAUAUUUAUUUGAAAGUCUACGGCCUCUAUUAUUGGAUUGAGCGUGAAAUGAAUAUAAGCUUCCACUGAAAUCAAGUUGGAUUUCUCAUACUAUUCUGGGUACAUACAGCCACGUUACUGAGUUAGGUAGCAUAUUUAUGUUAAUCUAAUUUCAAGUUCAGAGUGUCAUACAUUAAAUGUUCAUUUGUUCUUAUAUACUUA